AUGGCUCCAAACGGUAUCGUUCCAAUUAUGAAUGAAAGUACUUUCAAUUUGCCUCGCCUUGAAGAUUAUGAUAUAAAUCCAUUGAGUGGGUUUCUUCCUUCUACUCCACCAUUACAACGCCUAACUAAUCCUUACUAUGAGCCAUGGGAAACUUUGAUUGAUAUAUUUCACGAAUUGAUGUUGAUCGGUCGUUUAAGGGAAUACGUAAGAAAGCUGCCGCUUUUGAAAACUGAUCGCCUAGAAAAUAUAGAAGAAUAUCGCCGUGCUUUCUUAAUUUUGUCCUUUUUGGCACAUGGAUAUGUAUGGGGAAAGUACGAACCAAUUUCAGAUAGGUUACCACCUAAUAUUGCCAUUCCUUGGGUGAAAGUAUCAGAUUAUCUCGAUGUCGCGCCAAUAUGUAAUCAUGCUGCAGUCGUGACAUGGAAUUGGCGCUUACUAUUUUCAAAUGAACCGUUUGAUUUAAACAAUCUUGCUACAUUAAUUACGUUUUCAAACACGUUGGAUGAAUCUUGGUUUUACCUAGUUACAACCGCCAUUGAAGGAUUCGGAGGACGCGCUCUUACGAGUAUUAUGACUGCUAUUCAAGCUGUUUAUGAUGGUAAUGACGAACAAUUGAUUAACGCGUUGAAAGUUAUCAGUUCCACUAUUUCUGAUAUUAACGCAACCCUACAAAGGAUGUUUGAAAAAUGCGAUCCGUAUGUCUUUUACUGGAAGGUACGACCAUACCUCUCUGGUUGGAAGAAUGAAGAUCUUUUGCCGCGUGGGUUAAUUUAUGAAGGAGUAGAUGAAAAUGACGAGAAUGGAAAUCCGAUUUAUCGGCAAUAUAUAGGAGGUAGUGCAGGUCAAAGUGCUUUAAUCCAAGCUCUUGAUAUUGCACUUAAUAUAGAUCACUAUCCAACGGGUGUUAGACCGAACACAAAUGGACACACAUCUUCGGAUAAUGGUCAUUUUUAUAAUAAUAAUUGUCACCAUUAUUCCUCAUGUCUUAAUGGAUACCCUCAAAAUCACGAUAUUCAUCAUUAUGCAUCUAAUGGACACACUAAACCUCAACAACCUUAUCUUCACAGAAUUCGCCAGAAUAUUCCAGGAAAGCAUCGUAAAUUUCUUGAAGACCUUGCUAAAAUUGCAAAUAUUCGAAAUUAUAUAAUAUCCAAUGCCGAUUAUGAUUCUAGUACUAAUACAUCAUCAUCAGACGAUGAAGACAUGAGAUUAUUACGCGAAACUAAGGAAGCUAGUGAUUUAAUUAAGGCUUAUAAUGAAUGCUUGAUUCAAAUGAAAAACUUUAGAAACAAACAUUUACAAAUUGUAAGCGUUUAUAUUGUAAUUCAAUCACAUAAAAGAGUUGGUGGUUUGCAUUUCAACGCAAAGGAAGGUACUCCUCCCGUAAAUAAAGACUUGAUUGGUAAUGAUGAAGCAAUAGCUACUGUAGUAAGCAAAAAGGCAAUCACUAACACUACAUCCAAGAAUGGUGAUAAGGAAAUUAGAAAAACAACAAGUACCGAAUCGAUCGAAAUCAUUAAGGGUACUGGGGGAACUAAUUUAAUGCCAUUUUUGAAACAAAUGAGAGAUGAAACGAUGGACCAAGAAAUUACAGAAGUGGGUAAUGUUGAGAAUAUGUGGGUAGAUAUAAUUUUAGUUAUUUUCUUCGAAUUACAUAUCGAAGUGAUAAUCGUAAAAUUUGGACAAUUGACAAAAGAACAAGCUUGCCUACCUUUUGGUUAUGUUUCCGUGAAGGCUCAUAGACGACAUCGCAUAAACCCUUCAACAAUAAGACCUAAUGUGCAUCCAUCUUCGGAUAAUUCGGACCCACUUUUAAAUGAACUUCAUGAUUUUAAUAAUCAUUUACAGGAUCAUCUUACUCUUGGAGAAACAGCAUCCGUUUUAACCACAGUAACUGAUGUAAUUUCCCCAGAAGUCAUGGAAUUAGAUGGAAAUGGAAAAGCUGAUGAUGACAACAUGUCAUGGACGCAUUCACACUCCCAUCACGGUGAUGACCUAUCAUGUUUUCCUGGGGCACCUGAAUUUAGAGAAGCACAUGAUGGUCUCAGCGCUAUAAUGUUCAGCGAAUUACCAAACUUGAAAAAUAUUGGACUCUGUUCUAUUGGGUUUCAGGGAACAUUUUGUAGGCGUAAAGGAAACAAAAAUAGUUUAGGCAUCAGAUGUUGUAAUGAAUUGACGGAAAUACCGGCCGAAAUUGGAUAUAUGAAAAAUCUGACAAAACUUGACUUGUCCAAAAAUAAAUUGAAAUACAUUCCUGACACAAUUGGUUUUUUACAUAAACUAGUUGAGCUUAGAUUAUCAGAUAAUCAAUUAACUUAUAUACCAUCUUCUAUUGGUUCACUCAAAAAACUUGGAACUUUAUUGCUUGAUAAUAAUAAGUUAACCGAGUUACCACCUGAAAUUGGAGAAAUCAAGACGCUUGUUAAUUUGGAUGUCCGUGAGAAUCCAAUUACGGUAUUACCCGCCGAACUUGGAAGGCUUCAGUAUUUACGUAAACUUCGCACAGAAGGAUGUUCAUUAAAAACAGAAUUUGUUCAUAACAUUACUCAUUCUCCACCCACGCUUAUGGAGCUCGCCGCACGCACGAUCGUUCGAAAGCAAAUUCCAAUUCUUGAGGAUACAACAGAGCAUCUUAAAGAUUAUCUUUCUAACGCCAAAAAAUGUAGCUUUUGUGGCGGUCCAUACUUUGAAAGCUUUGUGAAAAGAGGAAAGAUUAUUGAUAAGAAUGAGCAGCAUAUUCCUCUCGAAUAUAGAUUGUGUAGCCCACAUUGGAAUACCGAGCAAGAACGAGUUAGUUUAUUGUUUUGUGCGUUACCGGAUACAGCCCCUAGUUCCGAACCGUAUAAACAUCCAAAUCAUAGCGACCCUACAGUUACUUCUGAUUGUAAUGCGUCCGUUGUGAGUGUCUCGACUUCUUUUGAGCCACGACAAAAACUCCAACGUUCCUCUUCACGACGUUCCAUUACCAUUCCUCUUAGCUCCCUAACUAGAUCCCCCUCUUUACCAAGUCUACCAAGAUCGGCUUCUCCAAGGCCUUCCAGUCAAUUAGGAGAUGACGUAAGUGUGAAAAAGAGUAACGGUGCACGAGGAAAAAAUGGCGUGUUCCUGUUGCGAUCAAGGAAAAAUAGUUCUGCGUCUACAAUUUUGGGAAAACCUCCGUUUAGCAAUUCGACUUCGCGAUUUAGUUCGAGAUGGCGCAUAUAG